GCGGCGGACUAUGAGGCGCCCACCAUGGUGCGAUGCGACCGCGGGCUGCAGUUGCUGCUGACCACGGCCGGAGCCUUCGCCGCCUUCUCGCUCAUGGCCAUCGCCAUCGGCACCGACUACUGGCUCUACUCCAGCGCGCACAUCUGCAACAGCAGCAACCUGACCAUGGACGACGGGCCCCCACCCCGCCGCUCCCGCGGCGACCUCACCCACUCGGGGCUGUGGCGGGUGUGCUGCAUAGAAGGGAUCUACAAGGGGCACUGCUUCCGGAUCAACCAUUUCCCCGAGGACAACGACUAUGACCACGACAGCUCAGAGUAUCUCCUGCGCAUCGUGCGCGCCUCCAGCGUCUUCCCCAUCCUCAGCACCAUCCUGCUGCUGCUCGGUGGGCUCUGCAUCGCUGCUGGGCGGUUCUAUAGCCGCAAGAACAACAUCGUCCUCAGUGCCGGCAUCCUCUUCGUGGCUGCAGGCCUCAGCAACAUCAUAGGCAUCAUCGUCUACAUUUCCAGCAACACGGGCGACCCAAGUGACAAGCGCGACGAAGACAAAAAGAACCACUACAACUACGGCUGGUCUUUCUACUUCGGAGCCCUGUCGUUCAUCGUGGCCGAGACCGUGGGCGUCCUGGCCGUGAACAUUUACAUUGAGAAGAAUAAAGAGCUGAGAUUUAAGACCAAACGGGAGUUCCUCAAGGCUCCCUCCUCGUCCCCCUAUGCGAGGAUGCCCAGCUACAGGUACCGGCGACGGCGCUCCAGGUCCAGCUCCAGGUCCACCGAGGCCUCGCCCUCCAGGGACGCGUCACCGGUGGGCCUGAAGAUCACGGGGGCCAUCCCCAUGGGCGAGCUGUCCAUGUACACGCUGUCCCGGGAGCCCCUCAAGGUGACCACGGCGGCCAGCUACAGCCCCAGCCAGGAGGCCAGCUUCCUGCAGGUGCAUGACUUCUUCCAGCAGGACCUGAAGGAAGGCUUGCACGUCAGCAUGCUGAACCGGCGGACAACCCCUGUGUGAGCGCCCCUCUCUCAGCGCCAGCCUCUCCCCCGAAUGGCUGUGUGGACCCCACGCGAGGGCACCGAACCCUCCAGGUGGACCAGCCGGCCACGGACCGCAACCAAACCCAACCCUCCCCGGUCUCUAGCUGUGUCGUGGGCUGGCUUGGAGCGAAGCGCCAGGAGACUGGAGUCAGAAACGGAAGGCUGACUUCACCCCCAAACAGGGUGUUCUGAUGCCUGGGCUCUGAAACCCCCCAGGAGGCCGCCCAGCCUUCACGAACCCGAGAAAACAACAUCGAGCCAUUCUCUCCUCUCGGAAACAAGUAUUUCCAGGAGAACCGGCUUCCGGGGCCUUCUCUCCCUGCCUGGGCACUGGGCCACUGAGCGGCCACUGGCUGGGCACACGGGGGCCUCAGGACACUGGUCAGCCACUUUCUGACCUGAGGUUUCUGUGCCCGGGAGCCAGACACGUGGAAGCUAAAGCUUGCCCCGUCCUUCUUGUCUAUCCGUCCGUCUGUCUCUCUGUCUGUCUCUCUGGCAGUGGCCUGUCGUUGCAGCGAUCCUGAGGAGGGAGCCCUGAAGCCAGCUGGUGCUUUGGGUUUUGCGCUGUCCCGGGGCCGGCUCCCCUCCAACCCGGGAGACGGAGGCCUGUGGAGGAAUCCACAGAGCAGGAGGCUUUCACUGGCCCGGACAUGAGGUCAAAGCCGGAGUCUGCUGCUGCUGCUGCCUUUCCCAUCUGCUUCUGGAAGUUUCCGCCUCACCUGGAAAGGGCAGAACACACUGACUGUACUUGAGAGUCUGAAGGUUCCACUGGCCAGAGGAAAGUGGCCCUCUGACCUCUUGCUGUGUCCCACCCCACUGGCCUGAGGGCUGCUCGUGGGGGAGAGCACAGGACAGACGUGGCACACACACUGGUGUUUGGCGACAGGAGCCUGAACGCCUGGGCAGACCCGAGGGGGAAGCGUGACCAAAAACCCAGAGAACAAACGUCCAUGUCCGUUUGGUGGUCAUUAGUCAUGAUUCACUGCAAAUAAACACCAGGACAGCAGGUUACAUUCAUUUCCUCAUCUUAAGAAGUAGCUGGACACUGCCCCCCGCCCCUCUCGUCGCCACUCACUCUGCCACCCCUGAAAGGGCUCAGCGAGGAAGCGGGCGCAGGGCCACGCUGCGACCUUCUUCCCCCUCACCAGACCGACGGCUCAGCGCCUGGGACCAAGGAGGCCGCUUCCCUGUUGCAAGUUUUUCCAAGUAUUUCCCCUCCCCUCCCCCAAAGUCAGCAGAGAACAUGGAAGCAUGUUCAGGUUCAGAAGAAAUACUUUAUGGGACAUGGAGCUCACCCUCUUUUAUACAAAACGCGUGCUUUCUAACAACGUACCCUUUCUUACUUCUGGAGACUUGGGAAUCCGAUCCGGAGCUGUCCUCUCUGACUCUGUCCGGUAGCUGUUGUCCUUGGAAGUGACGAGCAAAUUCUUACCUCAGCCACUUGCUCACGGACCCCCUGAAAGUUCAGAUCCGGGUCAAGGUCAUUGCCAUCUUCCUUUGGCCCCUAGAGAGCGAAUCUCCACGUGCCCCACCUCCCGCCUCCGGUGGGCAGCCCUGCGUGCUGGUGAGCUGAGGUGCCCAGUGCCAGGCUGUGUCGUGCUCCCUUGGAGCCCUCGUCCCGCAAGGUGGGCUCUGGGCGGAGGUUUGUCCAAGCACGAGCAGCGGUGAGUGCUGGAGCGUCAGGGCGCAUGGCUGCACCCGGGGUGGGCCAGCCCCGCUGUCCUGCCCCCACCCCUGGUCGCCCUCGCCCCUCCACGCCAAGACACCAUCAUUCCGGCUAGGAGGAAGGGGGUGAAAUCUGGGGACCCCUCCCCCUGCCAGGCCCCAAGAGUCUUCUUCUGUCACUUCCAAACACAAGGCAGCUUUGCUGUUUCUUCCACAUGAGUCCCCACCCCACCCUCCAUCCCCACUGCCCCGGGAGCUGCUGUCUUUUCAUGGAGAAAGCUGUGUUCCAACGAUUCCUACCUCUUGCCCAGUCCCAGGCGAGAAGAUGGAGCCCCCUCCAGGGACCGAGAGAGUAGAAAGAAGCGACAAAGGGCAGGGAGCAGAGCAGCCUCGGACCCCUGGCUGUCACAGCCUUUCUCCACACGCCCUGCCCCGGCUGCGGGAGGGCCCCUCGGCUCUGGCCCCUGUUCUCCUUCUCCCUGCGUCUUGUCUCAGCCGGCCGCCUGGGCAGGGGAGCGGCGGGGCGGCCCUGCCCCCUGCAGGCUGAGACCUCCCCCCUGCAGGCUGAAACCUCCCCGGGGGCCGAUGGGGUAGCCUGUGCUGUCUCUGCCUACCCUCUCCAACCACCCCUGUGUGUUUCACCGAUUAAGCACCUGUGAA